CCGAAAACGUAUUAUGUGCGAUAGCUCGACAAAGUGGUUCUUGUUUGCAAUAAUGAUCAUUGUUCCAUUCACUAGCAGUUCCACCAAAGAUUCGUCCUUUCUCGUUCCCGAAAGUUGUCAGCCGUGGGGAGAAGGUGACCGUAAUGUGCUCAGCUACUAAAGGGACGCCACCGGUUUCUUUCUCGUGGUCCAGAGACGGCCAAGAUUUGUCAUCAACGGCCAAUAUCAGGCUCAAAAGUGAUGCUGACUUCUCCAUCGCCGUCAUCAACCCGACGGACGAAUCCAGUUCUGGAAAUUAUACGUGCAUCGUCAAAAACAUAUACGGAUUUGACAGCUACUCGGCCUACUUGGAAGUCGAGGCUCCGCCAUAUUUCAAAACAACUAAUCCAGACACCAAUGUUGUCAAUGGCGGUACAGUGACGUUACACUGCCAUGUGCUAGGGUCACCCGCACCAAGAGCAGAAUGGAAGAGAACAACAGACAAGAUUACAGAUGAACUGCUGCUUACAAGCGGAAGGAUCACUGUUCAGAGAAAUGGCACGCUCAUUAUACGAGACAUUACACCCGAGGACAGAGGAAAAUACACUUGCACGGCGGACAACGGCAUUGGAUCUGUCGCGCACACGCUGUCCUUACACGUUCGUGGUACGAUGUGA